CACAGCUUUCUUCCUGCUUCAUACAGAAACAAGUCUAAACACUGUUCAGCCCGGAACCUCAGACUCGCCUUUAAGAGAUUUAAGCUUCAUUCCAGGGAGGAUUAUGGUUAAGGAAGUGGAGCACGAGCUCGGGAUUUUCCUUGUAACUCCGCGGGACGAGCGACUUUCUGAUUAGGAGGUUUCGAGUCUUCAGCAGUAUACCGCUUACUCUCUGAACAGUGUCUCUGGGACCUGGAGCCUAUCCCAGUAUACAUUAGGCACAAGCCAGAUGGAACAAGUGCAGGGCUUCGGAGGAAAUCCCAAAAGUGCUGAUCUGUCUCAGGCACUUCCCCUUCUGUCAGAAACGACCACAUCUGUAGCAGAAGGAAGGAGUGGUAGUGUGACCAAGAGUGUGGUGAGGACACACACGAGUGGAGAAGUAGAGACGAUGGGUCCGUCCACAGGAGAGGAAAAGAAAAAAGGUGUUCAGGUCGUCAUUUCAAAGCCGGAGAGCACCUCUGUAUGUCUAAACGACUCUGAGAUGUUUUCAGACACUAAGCUUUGUGGAUACCUUCACAAGCAGGGUGGGCCCCUGAAAGCCUGGAAAUUUCGCUGGUUCACGUACGAGGAGAAGAAAUGUCAGCUGUUUUAUUAUCGCACGGCACAGGACGUGAGCCCUCUUGGCAAAGUGGAGCUGCGGAAUGCCACAUUUAGCUUCCCGCUGCAAGGAGAAGAGGGAACUUUCCAUAUUCAGACACCAGAGCGCACUUUCAUACUCAAGGCAGCAAGCAGAGAUGCUAAGAUGUACUGGCUUCAGCAGCUGCAGCUGAGACGUUGGCAGCACAGAGAACAGCUAUGUGUGGAUUCCCCACUGCCAAUACCAGAGAAGCCCACUCAGGAUGGCCAGCAGUAUUUAGACACCUGCCCUGCAAACUUCCUGCCGACGAUGAAGAUCCCAUCAGGUCUGGUUGGAGAAGAAGCUGCUAAUGUUCCUGUCCAAACAAACCCACUUAAUGUGUCAAUUAAACACCCGCUCAUCGAGAUACAAAACUCAGUACACAGCUUUCUACUUCGUCGACCAUCUAUGGAAAUGGGCCGUAGUGUAUUUUGGGUAGAAUCACAGUCCUCCCAGGCUGGUAGCCUCAAAUCAAAUCCAUCCUCCAACCAUGACGUUUCCCUUGUCCCGACAUCACCUCUGAGCUCAGGUUUGCCUUCUGAAGUGGAGUGCGAGAGGCCUCGUGAAAAUCUCCCCAGCCGUGGUUCAUCUCUAACGUUACCCAAUGGGAAGCAUAAGAAAGCGAACUCGGCCACCCUUCCAUUCGACCGCAAGGAUGCAAGCGUCAUUGACCGUCUGUCACGCCUUAAACAGGAGAAUCUCACACUGGCCAUGGAGGUCCAAUCCCAGAAGGAAUUGGUCUGGCUGCUGCACAAAGCCCUAGAGGCAGCUCAGCUGGAGAAGCGUGCAUGUGCUCAAUACCUAGCGGCUGAGGGUGAGCAGGAGCGUCUGGAGCUGAUACGUCAUAGCGAGCGCUGCUUAGCAGACCUGCGUGAGCGUCUGGAGCAGCUGCGGCGUGAGAAUGAGGCACUGAAGAGAAGCCUGGAAGAGAGGGACACACAUGUGAAAGAGCUACAGGAAAACUUAAAGCUGCUAAUGGAGAAGAACCAGGCCAAGCAGGAAGUCAUUCUUAAACUAUCUGAGCAAAUGUCGACAUGCAUGACUGACCCGAAACAUACCAUCACCUCUGACCGCAUCAGCACAGAAAGCCUCAAGCAGCUUGUACAGGAGAUGGACAACCUAAAGGAUGACAUGGAAGCUUACAAAACCCAGAACAAGUUCCUGAACUCAGAGAUCUACCAGCUGACCAGAUUGUGGCAGAACAGCUCAGAGCAAGAGAAAUCUCUAAUGGUGAAGUGUGCCUAUCUGGAAGCCAGCAACUGUCAGAUGGAGAGCCGGUACCUGGGGGUCCUGAGAAAACUCCAGGAGAGUAAGGAACUGAAUGCAGAGCAAAGAACUGCUAUCAAGAAGCUGAUCGAAGAGGCACUACAGGCUAAUCAGCAAGACGUCAUCCGAAUUGGCACUGUUAGGGAGUACGACGAAUACGGCUUUAAGAUCAUCCCCGACUACGAAGUGGAGGACAUGAAACUGCUGACUAAAAUCCAAGCUCUGGAGAUCCGAUCGCACAAUCUGCUCGAACGGGAAAGUGGGGACCGGUCGCUUCUGGCUCGCUGGACUCAGUUUCUGGGAGGCCGUUCACCUGAUGAUCUCUCCUCGAGUGAAGAGCUGAAGGCUCUGGUGCGAGCAGGAGUCCCGCGUCAGUACAGACUGGGUGUGUGGCGCUGGAUGGUACGGUUCAGGACCCACACACUGCGCCAGGCCCACCCUGACCUUUUCCAGCAACUCUGCAAGAAGAGCCAUGCCACACAACACCCAGCAGCCCGGCAGAUCCAGCUGGACCUGCACCGAACUCUGACCACCAACCAGAGCUUUUCAUCACCCUCUAGUCCCAUGCUGCAGCAGCUUCAGAGAGUUCUCCUGGCGUUCUCUUGGCAAAACCCUGCUGUCGGCUACUGUCAGGGACUCAACAGACUGGCUGCUACUGCCCUGCUGGUGCUGCAGAGUGAAGAGGAGGCUUUCUGGUGUCUAGUGGCCAUAGUGCAGUUUCUCAUGCCUCAGGACUACUACACCAAAACGCUUCUCGGCUCUCAGGCAGACCAGCGUGUGUUUAAGGACUUUAUGGCUGAGAAGUUGCCACGGCUGGUGGCUCAUUUAGAGGAAUACAGUGUGGACGUGUCCCUUGUCACAUUUAACUGGUUCCUGGUGGUGUUUGUGGAGAGUUUGCCCAGUGACAUUCUGUUUAAAGUCUGGGAUGCCUUCCUCUACGAAGGCACUAAGGUGAUAUUUCGAUAUGCACUCGCUAUUUUCAAAUACAAAGAGGAGGACAUCUUAAAGAUCCAUGACACUGUGGAAAUCUAUCAGUAUCUCCGCUUCUUUACCAAAACAGUCACAGACCACAGAAAGUUGACAAACAUUGCCUUUUUGGAUUUGAACCCAUUUCGGACAAAGCAUGUGAGGAACCGGCGUGCCGUGCACCUGCAGCGGCUACAAGCUGAGCUGCGUGAACUGGAGAAACAGCAGAAAGAGUAUAGCUCGGAAAAUAGCAAAGACAAUGGCCUGGACCUCAUUCCCAGUGAGGAUGAUGAAGACGCAUAGACAAUUGUACAUUUAACUUUCCUUAAAAUACACUGAAGGUGUAAAAAAGCAGAAAGAUGAGAAACUGUAUAUGUAUGUACUGUAUUCACACACAACAUGAGGACUGCUAGGAUUUUCUUUGACUCAUCCAAGCACUGACAGAUUUUUCAUCAGCCUUUGUCAGACCAUCAAUUUUUAAGAAGAAAUGCAUGUUUGAAGAGAAAACAUAACAGGCUGACUGUAUCAGUGGAUGGUGUGGGUCAGUGAAUGUGCUUAAUCUGCUUUCACAAACACAACAAAAUUCCUCAUGGCUUUAAUGGACACAUUUGACUUAUGCAAAAGAUUCCUGCACUAAACACAAUAUUACAGGUUAUAGCACUUUAUUUAUACUACUAUUUUUUGUACAGUUAAUGCAUUUAGAAAUGUUUUUAUACUUAAGGUAGUAAUAAUUUUAUACAGAUGCACUUAUUUUUAAGAUACCACUAUAUUUUAUAAUAAACAAAAUAUGUGUCCCUUUGUCUGAUUUGU